CAGGGGCGCUAGUUGUCCCUGUGUGCUCGUGUGCGACUUGUAAAGAAAAUACAAGAUACAGAACCAUCUGUGUUGUGCGCAUGCGCGGUGAUUGUUAUUGUUUUGGCCGGCUUGUGCUGUCAUCUUAGGAAAUGUUAAGUCUCUCCGAUGGAGAGCGCGUGUGAGCAGGUCUGUGGCGCUGAUGAAGAUGAGGCUGAGGAGGCGGGAGGAGCCAACGGUCGAGCCAUGCUCUGGUCCAUCCAGGAGGCUCUGGAGAGGCAGACCCUGCAGAUCGGAACCUCGGCCUGCGGCGCCACGGCCGUGGUGGACGUGCUUAAGGCCCUCGGCGUGGACGUGGCCCCCGAGGAGGCCGAUCGCUGCGUCCAAACUCGCCUGAGGAGGAUUGAGUCGCCUCUGCCUGACUAUCUGCUGUCCCGGAGUGAAGCAGGUGCGACGCACGCUCAGCUCAUCGCGGGAGCAGUGGAGGCCAGUAAAGGCGAGGUGACGGGUCGCUUCUUCCACCUUCACCCCCGGCGGCAGGUGAACCUUGUCCCCUGGCUCGCGCGCUGGCUCCGAAAGGGAGCCGUUCCCGUGGCAACCAUGAACAUGCAACUGGCCGUACCCGAGGGAGACGAGGUGCCUGACGCGUGGCACCAUCAGCUCAUAUUUGGGGUCGUGCCCAACGCCGUUUUCAUGACGAACCCGUUAGAUGUGGUGAGCGAGGAGGAGGCGCACCAGAGACUCUGCAGUGAAUCUGUGUUGCUGGUUCGUCGAGAAGACGUCCUGCAGCGAUUGACGCCCGAUUUGUUUCUGUCCGGCUUCAUAGAGAGUCAGAAGGACCCGCGCUGGAAAGCUCUGGACGUUGAGGGUCAGGUAAAACAAAUGGUGCGAGAAGAGGAACAGGAACAAGAGGGUCCGGUGUUGACGCACAUCAGGAUCCCUGCGGCAUACAGCUCGGGCGUCACUCUCUUCGCCUUGCAGCGGUCACACCUUGGACAGGAACUUAUCAACGCACCUGAGCUCCCUCCCUCUGCUGUGAUUGGUCUGACGCACACAGACUUUUAGAAAUAGAGGUGGAAAUAUGACAUUUCAGGCAGCUAAAAUAAGAUGAUGCAUCAUUUGUCAACUGUACUGCACUGUGAAAAGUGUUUGGACUCAACCGUGUUAUUGUAAGGAGUGAGCGUUGCUGUACUUUUGUGCCAUUUUCUCUACUUGUACCUGUGAAUUCCACUCUGGAAUUCAGAUGGAAAUAUUGUACUUUCCACUCCACUACGUUGCAUUUAUAGUUAUGGUUCGCUAAAGAUUUUUACAGUUAAAAAACAUUUCCUGCAGAAAAUGUUGCCCGAAACGAGACCUCGGAUAAAAUAUAAAUGUCAUGCUUUAGUGGAUUUAGUCAAUAACCCUCCAAAUUUUUACUUUUUAGAGUUUUUCAAAUUCCCAGCAAGACACGUCCUUCCCCUUAGGCCAUAAGUGAAUAUCACAGCAUAUUAAACCAAACGAGCCUUGAUUCUACACGGGCAGCUUGCACAGAAAGAAAAAACAUACCUUAAUGUUAAUUUACAAGCAGUGAUUAGGUCAUGUCCUGUGUUUAUAAAGCAUGGUGUGGGCUGAAUAUAUGCUUGACACUACUGCCACCAAGUGGGUAAACUCAAUAGUGCAAUGUCAGUCAUUAUUUAUACAUGUAUAAAACAUUCAAACAAUAAAACCUCCUCUUGAUUGAACAACCA